AUGCAAGAGGAAGACAUAUAUACCUCUCUUCAGUGGGAUAAUACAAUCCCAAACCAUUAUAAAAAACCUCUUGCUUCCAACAAAUUUUCAGGAAGAUGGUGUCUUAUGAUGGUUAUUUCAUGUUUUUUAUUCAUGGGCUCAUUAGCAACUUCCGUUUUCUUGGGCAUCAAGUUAUUUCAGAUGUCCACUAUUGCAAUGAAACAGCAAGAAAAACUCCUCCAACAGGACAGGGAACUGUUAAACUUUACAGAGUGGAAGCGAAAACAUGACCAACAGAUGAAAUGUUGCCAAACACUGAUGCCAAAGACUUUUGGUCCAGUUUGUGUAUUGACACAAGAGGAGUGUUCCAACAAAGGUGCUAAGCUUCUACAAACAGACAGUAAAGAAGAAAUGGAUUUUAUCAGUGAAAUGCUGACUAAAACCAAAAAGGACUAUGGUUACUGGGUAGGACUGUGUCAGCUUGCACCAGGCCAACUUUGGGUUUGGCAAGAUGGCUCCUCUUUAUCCUCUGAACGGAAGCUGAUGCAGCAACUCCCAUCAAUUAACCAGGACUGUGCCUACCUUAAGCGCAAUUCUCUUUUCCCCGCUAACUGCAGCAGUUGGAAAUAUUUUAUCUGUGAGAUGUACUCUUGA